UCGCGGCCUGUCCCCGCCGUGAAGGCGUGUACUCCGAUACCCCGCCACUUCCCCGUCUUCGUUCCCGGCCGCCCCUCUCCCUCCAGAAGUCCCUCUAGUCCGGCUUACCGCCUCCGUAAACCGCCCAGGACUAAAAAACUGUGUUCCUUUUUUGUGGUGGCAUCUCAUUCUCGCUAAGGGUGAUGUGUUGCUGGGAGAAUGGGACUGAUCUUUGCUACUAAAAGCAUCUUGGCACAACUAUCACACAAGUUCCAACCCAUCGGAAUACGAUCCUUAUGCAGUAACAACCAGCCACCCAGCAACAACAUUGGCAAGAAGAAUGAUGUGGUGGAUGCAUCUUCUUCUUUGACUCCAUACGACACUUACAAGGAGCUAGACAACCUCAAUUUCAUGAAGGCUGCUAAGAUCCUCUUCUCGGAUCCUCCCAAAAAGAAAAAAUUCGGGCUCGAUUUCCAUCUGGUACAAUUCUUCUUUGCCUGUCUACCUUCCCUGGCUGUGUAUUUGGUUGCUCAAUAUGCUCGCUAUGACAUGAGGAGAAUGGAGGCGGAAAAUGAAUUGAAAAAGAAAGCUGAAGAAGAAGCAGCAGCAAAAGCAAAAGAAAUUGAAGAAACAUCAGAGCUAGAGAAAGAACUGUCUGAUAAAAAACUCUUGGACUUGAAAGCAAGGCUGGACAAGUUGGAGGAGACAGUGAAGGCAAUGGUGGUCGAAUCCAAGAAAGAGUCGCCGGUUGCAAUCAGAAAGGAACCACCAAUUGGUAAUCAGGGUAAGCAACCUUCAAUCGCCGGAGAAAGAAACACAAGUAACAAUGGCACACAAGCAGGCAAUUCUGAUGCUGAAAACAAUCCAAACAAGAAGUCCACUGGGUAAAGACCAAUGAGAAGCAGAUAGGUGCCAACAUAGGACCAACAUGAGUCUCUAAAAGUCAAUAGUUCUACAGACUGCUUGGGAGUAAAAGGUGGCUGCUGAGGUUAGAUGAUUUAUCAAGGUAUCAGAUUAAUGACAAGCUGAUUGCUUAGCUUCAUUGCCCUUUUCGCUUCUUCUAUUUUGCAUUCUUUUUUACCUUGAAUACACUCUUCUGUCAUGCAAAACGACCUUUGUUUGACUUUUAGUAAGUUUAAGCAAAGCGUUGAAAAAGUGAAAAUUUUAUGGUUAGACUUUCUUUAUAGAGGAGGAAGGAGAUUUGAGCUCUCCAUUCCCUUAAAAAAAGUGAAGUUAUUUU